UUAUGCCUAACAAAGCUUGUUAGGAUUUAAAAUGUCAAAAAACAUUUUGUUGCUUCAGUAACAACUGAGUGACAUGGCGCCUCCGCAUUUGCUUGGAAUUUAAUACAAGCCUUUGUUGUGGGGAGGUUCCUGUUCUUAGUCUGUAUCUUAGGACUGCUGUGACUAUCGCAAAUUUAUACAUUUAGUAUGAACAAUAACUGAAGAAAUAUGUGAGAUGCCAUUGAGAGACAAUCAGCUUCUUCCAAUGAUUUAAACCAGCAUUUCCUACUUCUUGACAUGGUUUAAAAUAGAGUUAAAGUGUUGUGAUUUAAAUCAACUCACGCUGUUUUCCAAGGAUGUGUGCACUGCCUAGCCCUCUAAAAUUAAACACCCAAUAUGAAAUACUCGGAUAACGUUUCUCCAAAAGUGUGUGAUGUGGGAAUUCUGGCUUGGAGACUGAGAAAAGACACACUUCAUCCCUUGCCCAUAAAUCUUCAGUAACAUUUUGAACUUCGGAAAAAUAUAGAACUAUUGUUUGAGAAGUGCAAUUAGUAUGACAUUAAGAGAUGUAUUCUUCCCCUGGGACCCAUGACUAUCAAGAUUUCCUGUUUCCUUGUAACUCUUGAAAUAAACAAGAGUGUGUUUUUUCCCUCCCUACACACGCAAAGUAUUAUCCCAAGACAAGUCUAAUGACAACUCUGUUGGCGAGGCUGCCUUUACCCACAUGUCUCUGAAUCAUUUAUUAGUUUCCCCCCCUCACUGGGAAAGUUCAAAAUAGGCUCCGCCAAUAAAUCUGUGACCAAAGUUCAGUUGACACCAACAAAGACCGUUCUUUGAACAGAAUGGACAAAAUCCUCUCUCUCCUUCCAAACAGACUACUGAAUUUUGGUUGCAAAUUAAAGAAAACUAAUGUUUCCUGGUUGUUUUAAGACUGGGGGUUGCUUCCACCCAACCAUUUAAUCCAAUCCAGGCUGUGGUUCACAGGAAUCCAAUUCAAUUUGGAAUGCCUAUGCAGACACCUCAAAACCAGCUGCAAACAACCAAUUUGUAUAUUGGUGUUCUAUAUCAAAAAGGAUCAGAGAAAGGAAAUGAUGAAAGCAAUGCCUUUUUUCUAUAGCCCUCCUCCAAAAUCUGACAAAAACAAAGAUACCAGGAGCAAAGCAUCAACAUCAUCUGAAUCAGAGCUUGACUCUGUGUCACUUGAAUCUUCCACAGACGACUCUCCGCACAAAGGAAAUAUGACAUCUGGAAACCAGGGACGGGAUUCGGAAGAGUUUGAGGUGUCUCCCCUGGAAAUCAGUGGAAUGAAAAAGAAGCAUAAAGGACUCCGGAAAAAACUUGUUAAUGCUCUGUUUGAUAUGACUGGAAUGAAAAGCAGAGAAAAACCCAAAUUUAAGGAACCUCAGAAGGAAGAGAGCCAGUCCAUUACAGCUGACCAAAUCAGAUUGCUAAUUCAGGAGCAAAAAUUCAUGGAAGCCAGUCAACAUCUCCUAGUCAUGGAAAGAGGAGCUAAUGGUGGUGACUCAGAGGGUAAAACUGAGGAGGAAAAGAUGGAUGAUUGGAAUGAAAUCGAAGACCUGCUUGGGCUUUUGAAGCAAGAAGUCCUGACCAUUGUACGGUGUUCCAUCAGCAUUGCACAAUCUCAGCCAGAAUUGCUGCGGAAUGCAGUGAGAGCCAUCGUAGACCAAGUGAAGGAAGAUGAGAAAUCAGCGUCAGAAGAAAAGUCACCGGAGAAAACUGUCUGUUCCCGACCCAGAAAAUGGAAAGAGGACUGGAGGAAUUCAGUCCAAGUAUCUGUAAACAAGCGAAUGGAAGUCCCCCCAUUUGAUGGGAAUGCUAAACUCUCUACCACAGCUAACAGUUUCCUUCACAUGGGGAACACAAUGAAAAAGGAUCUUAUCACAGUGGUGCAAAAUAUUAAACCUCAUUACCCUGAGCAUUUUCAAGUGUGUAGCACUUAUGCCGAGUUUUACUACAACUGUUUCUCUUCUCAGCUGGAGACUAUUGCUCAGUUUGAACUAGGGAAAAAGGACACUUAUCUUCUCCUCUCCUGGGUGCAGAACUUUUAUCCAAAUCAAAUCAAACAUAACCCUGAUUUAGGGAAAGAGCUGGAAGGAGCCAAUCUUGGAAGCCUUUUACCACCGAGACAGAUCAAACAACUCGAAGCUACAUACCUGGCUAACGAAGUGGAUUCUCUAAAACGCUGGUUGACUCAGUGCCUGAAAGUAGAAGCCUUGAGGUGGACGGAAGGAAUGGAACCAGUUAAACUGCAUGGUUAUUUUCACAGUGAACUGUCAAUCGAUGUCAUACAGGCCAUCCAUGGAGCACAAAAGCGUGCUGAGGAAAUUACCCUGGAACUGGGCAAAAACAUUUCACACUUACUUAUGUCUGAAUUCUCAACUUUUCUGCAAAGCUACAAGAAAGAGCUUGACAGUUUCAUUAAGGAAAACAAGCAGCAACCUUACUUUGAGGCAACCAUCAUUGCAAACAUUAACAACUCCUUGAGUUUUUGGACUCAUGCUAAAGAAAGCACAACAUCAGCACAGGAUUACAUCAAAACAAAGAUUUUCACCACACUUAACGAAAUCCAGAAUAUUGGGUUCACGGUGCUCCUUCAAGGCUUGUUUCAGCAACUAGAGCCUCUUUUUAAAACAUUUACCCAGAAGAAGUGGAUUUCCUGCGAUGAUGUUAUGGAUGAGAUCAUAGCAACCACAAGCCGCUACAUUUCUACAUUCAGAACUCUCAAGGACCCGCUUUAUCAGGCUGUCAUGGAAAAAAUACACCUUCACCUGGUCCGAGAACACAUUACAAGGCUUCUGAAAAAGAAAGUCAGCUUGAGGUCACCAGAGCAGCAAAUCACUUUGUCUGAUUUGGUCCAGAAAAAUGCUUUCACUCUGCAAACGUUUUGCAUACUGAACGGGUCUAAUGCCACUUGGCUGAAUGCUGCAUUGCCAAGCCUAGCCGAAAUCAUCAGGCUCCAAGAUAUAAAUGCCAUCAUGGUUGAAGUUGGUGCCCUUGCUCACAAAUAUCCCGAUAUCAGCAAGAAGCAUCUGUCCUCUAUCUUGUACAUCAAGGGCAACUUAUCUUACAGUGAACAGAAAAGCAUCUUGAAUGUGCUGGACAUUGCAGAAUAUGCCACGCUUCCUCCGGCAUUGUUGUUUUCAGCAAUCAAGGUGUCAUAGACGUGGAUUAUAAAGAAUGGCCAAUGCUGCUUUCUUGUGUCAAAACAAUUCCCGUUCAUGGCAAACCCCAUUUCCACUCUCGGCACAGUAACAUAUGUCAAGAAGACAACUUUGGAUCUUGGUUUUGCAGAUGUUGGGAAAGUGGCUUAUUCUUUAUAGCCAGUCCAAAAUGUUCAGCCUGGAAUGAGCCGAAUGUGUGGCCUUAAACACAGAAUAAUCCAUCCAGUGCCAGAAUUUGAAAGGUCUCCAACAUUUCCUUAGCAGCUUCGGUCUUCCCAUCGAGAAAGUGAGGACAAGUUCUUACCGUGUUUCCAUUCUCAGGUGGUGCUGGUAAAAUGCUAAAGGACUCCUCCUCCGUUUUCUAUUUGUUGUUAAAACACUUAAAAUGAAAAAAUAGUAUGGCACUUUGCACAGAGUUUCUCUGGAGGGUGGAGAAAAGAGUUGAAUUGGAAAAGGAAACAGUCUGAAGAGGAAGAGCAAUUCAAAUGGGAUCUUGAUUAAAUUUCCAAGAAUUGUUUCUCAUAGAUGAAUGAUUGUAGAUGAAUGUUUAUAUGAAAAUAGUAUUAUUGGGGGCUUUUCCCCUUUUUUAUAGAAUUGUAUUUUUAUUUCGCAGCUGUGUAAUAUAAGAGCUGGUGUGCUGUAGUGUUUAGUUAAUUUGAAUUCCUGUUAAACCACAAGUUCACUAAAGUGACUUUUGACGGAGUUUCUCUCCAACCUAACUUUGUGAGACAAUCUUAAGCCUAGUUCCUUAACUAACUUGGAGAAUGUUAGUUAUACCACAUGUUAAUAAUAUUAUGUGUGUCUCUAUAGAAACAAUUGUAAGUGUGAACAUACCUUUGUAUGUACUAUGCUUGAAUGUUGAUUUUUUUUUUUCAACUAUUGAGUUUGUAAUAAUCAUUGAAUGUUUUCAUAUCCUGGUUUUUUCUAAUUAAAACACAUUUUCAUGAAA